AUGGGCGCACCGAGCAAGGACAUGCAGAGCCUCAUGCUUCCAGAGGGAAAGCAGACGGGCGUGGGUGGUUCAUCGUCUCACCAACAAACAGAGCGCAACUUACCUCCAUCGAAUCAAGAGGCCCCCGGAGGCCCGAAGGAAGCAGUGGCUGCGGACCGGGGGAGGGAACGCUCGGACGCGACAACCAAGAAGAAGAAGAGACAAAUUGAAGAAGGGGAGGAGGAGCAAGUUGAAGCGGAGUAA